AUGCGCUCUCUGGAAUGGGUGCUACUGUUCUUAGGUUUUACGGCUGAAUUAUCAUCAGCUGCGAAUUCCUGUGAAGAGUGCAAAUUUGCCGUUGAUCUUCUACAUGAUGCAUGGGGAAAGAAGACAACCGAGGAAUGCGUGGGUAAGGAAUUUUGCAAGGCGGGAAAACCAGUACUCAAGGUUUUGCAUUUGACCGAUAUUCACCUGGACAUGCUCUACACACCAGGAUUAGAAACAAAAUGUUCGGAACCGCAAUGCUGCAGACCUCAGCAAAAUCCGGAUGAGGUCUCCAAUGCAGCCGAUGUGAAAUUACCUGCAGGUCAUUGGGGUAUGGUUGGGGAUUGCGAUGCUCCGUAUUGGCUUUUCACGAAUAUGCUAGGAUUUAUACAGAAAAAUCACAAGGAUCUUGACUAUAUCAUGGUAUCCGGAGAUCUUACAUCUCAUGCUGAUUGGGAUUACACUCGGGAUUCUCACGUCGGAAUGGUCAAGAAUAUUUCGGACACUAUAAGAUCGUAUUUUCCAAAUAUAGCCACAUAUUUUGCUGUUGGAAAUCACGAAGGAGUCCCCAUAGAUAACUUUGCACCACAUUUUACUCCAAAGAAGUUCCAUAUGGAUUGGCUUUACGACGCAAUGGAUGAUGCAUGGAACGGAUGGGUGCCACAGGAUCAGAGUAAAACAGUGAAAUAUAUGGGGUGCUAUAUGAAGAAGAUAUAUCCUGGAUUACGACUUAUUUCUGUCAAUAAUGCACUUGGAGGGGAUGCGGUUAAUUUCUUCUUAUACGUGAAUCAAACAGAUCCAGACGGAACGUUGACAUGGUUAAUUAAUCAAUUGCAUGAUGCUGAAACUGCUGGAGAUCUUGUGCAUAUUGUAGCUCAUAUUCCUGGUGGAGAUGGUGAAGCUUUAGAAGGAUGGGCGUUGAACUACUAUAAAGUAGUAAACAGAUUUCAAAACACAAUUAUGGGGCAAUUUUUUGGACAUACUCACUCGGAAGAGUUCUACAUGACCUAUGAAGAUCCAGAAUCGGCUUCUACACGCCCUACCAGCGUUGUCUACUCUGCUCCAUCUGUUACUACCUACUCAGAAUACUUCCCAGCCUAUCGUGUCUACAAAAUUGAUGGCGCUUAUCAAGGAUCAAGUUAUCAAGUCAUCGAUUUUGAAGAAUGGUAUAUGAAUCUUACCGAUGCGAAUGCUAAUCCUCUGAAUCCGCAAUGGAAGCAGCUUUACGCCAGUGUUAAUCAGGAAUACGGUCUUAAUUCCCAAGCACCGUCAGAAUGGGGUAACAUGAUCGAAAGAAUGCGAACAGAUGAUGUUCUUUUUGAAAAGUAUAGAGAAAACUACUAUCGCCGUUCGAAAUACGAUGGUAUUGGUAACUGCGAUGAAAAGUGUAAAAAUGGAUGGCUAUGUAGUGCACGACAAAUGCAUCACUCAAAAACGUUAUGUUCCGACCUCGGAUCUUUUGUGGAAAGAAAAGGUCGAAACAACUACCGUCGCAAAGCAAUCCCCGCUCAUCUCACCAAGGAAGAGAUCCGUCAAGCAGUUCUGAACCGGAAUAUUCGUGCUAGUGAUGAAUGUAAGGUGUAA